UGUACCCUGACUCCUCUUUUCGAUAAGCAGGAACUGAAUCCACUUCAAAUUCAAUAUAAAAGCUGGACCCUCACCAGAAAAACGUACACAUAACGAUAACCAACAUGGGUUUCUUACAACUUGUCCUGUUCGUUUCACUGGUUGCAGCCAGCAAGGCUAAUCCUCAGCCUAAAAUUCCCCCACGACUUUUGACCUACGAUGUUGAUCCAAACUCUCUCACCGUGUCUGGAAUUUCAUCCGGCGGAGCGUUUGCUACUCAAUAUCACUUCAUCUACUCCAGCAUCGUCAAGGGGGCCGGAAUCUUCGCGGGAGGACCGUACUUGUGUGGUUACGGCGGUCCAGUAGAUGCGGCUGCUUGUAUGUUGACACCUUCCCUCGUCAGCGUCCCCUGGCUCAUCUCGGAAGCCAACAUCCUCGCCGCUGCCAACCAGAUUGACCCCGUCAGAAACCUGGCCGACUCCAAGGUCUACAUUUUCCACGGAUUUUUAGACUCGGUCGUAGACCCGUUGGGUGGACGUAAAAUUGAGACCAUGUACCAACACUAUGGCGCUAACAUCGGACACGAAUUCGACAUUGGAGCAGGUCAUGGACAGCCCGUCGAUGGUAAUGGAUUCGGAGGGCCGUGCGGGCAGCUGAAUAUUUUGCACGGUUUCGUGAACGAAUGCGCUUACAAUGGCGCCUACGAGAUGUUUAAGCAUCUCUACGGGGAUAACAUUACUCGGCCAGAGCCUGGGUUUGUGGCCGAUGGAGAACUCUUGGAGUUUAAUCAAGGAGAGUUUUUCGCCAUUGACCCAAUCGUGGCGUCUAUGUCGUACACGGGAUUGAUCUACGUGCCCAAAGCGUGCAAAAAUUGGGGCAAGAAAUGCAGACUUCAUGUCGCUUUUCAUGGAUGCAUGGCGAAUGAGCACAUGGUUGGCGAUGGAUUUGCGACAAAGACCCAGUACAACGACGUGGCUGAAGUUAACGACAUCAUUGUCAUGUACCCACAGACGACGUCUACACUGAUAAGCCCGGUUGGAUGUUGGGAUUGGUUUGGAUACACGGGACUUGGUUCCUUCGCAACCAAAUGGGGAAAUCAACCUGCUGCAGUGAAUAAGAUGACGAAGAGGGUCAUGGGGAUUAAUUAAGUUUUAAAGUUGAGAUUUAAUGAGAUGACAGAGCUGUGUUAUUCCUACCACAAACCAAAGACAAUAAAUACUUGCAAACCUAAAGUUGCAUUUUUUGAGCAUCUGCA